CUCAUUAGGAGCUUUGUAUACAAGUCGCCAAGGAUACAGUUUUUUAUUUUUAAUUUUCAUAGUUUAUUUGUACAAUUUCAAGUUUAAAUAAUUAAGGACCUUGGUCAAAAUUAAAUUAGUGGUUAUGUAAAGGAUUUGCUAUUUUCUUUAACUAGUCCGAUCGCUGACAAGAUGUCUUUGGCGGAACAAAAAUACAACCUUGCACUUGUAAACACUGUUACAGAUAAGAAAAUACAACAAAAACCAUGUAGUGCUGAAGAUACUUCAGAUAGGGAGAGUGAUAUUUGUUCUCGUAUGAGUAGUGCAGCUCCUGAACUAUUUAAUCCUUGGGGUCAUUUGCAGACCCCACCUGAUUUAGAAAGGACAGGGGAUAGCCCACGGUAUAAAGAACGUCUACAAACAAAGUAUAUAAAGGCAAGAAGACCAUCUGAAACUGACAAAAAUCUGGUAGGAAAGAAUUGGUUGUUUCUUAAAGAUGGUCUGGAUGACUUCAGAGAUGGAUUGCCUCCCCCAGUUGAGGGUGAUAUAACAUUGAAGUCUACUAAAGGUCCAGGUCCAACUAUAAAAAAUUCAAGUGAAAAUUUGUCAGAUGUAAAACAGCCAGCAGUACGAAAACGGUUCAAUAAACAUCAGAUAUGUUACUCUCGGCUGACACCUCUACAACAACAGAGGCGGGAACAUAUCAACCAGAUAGAAUAUGGACUUACACAGCAUCCACUUGCUCUAUAUCCUCAUCUAGAAGAAAGUGUAAACCCUGAGCUGUUUGAAGAUAUAAUGAACAUUUUGGACCCAGAGAUGAACUUGAUUGAUGAUGAAGAAGGUUCACUGGCAGAAGAAGAUGAGGAUGAAAAUGAAGAUAGAGUUAGUGCUGACAGUGAUAGACAACAAACUGGUGACAUCUCAAGGGAUGAAGACACAAAAACAGAAUUAAGAGAGACGGAAGAAGGAGUUGUACGUAACCCAUAUAAAUGGAUUUCCAAGAAAGAAGAGCAAGAAAAGAAGAAUAAAAAGAAAGCUGGUGAAAAACCAACUGAUACCUCACAGGAAGAGCACAUUAAAAAAGUCACAAAGGAGUUUUGUGACUGGGUUGCCAGUCUUGGUGGUCAGAGUAAUAACAUAGAAGAAAGUACUAUAACCAGUCUGUUUGCGAGUGGUUACGAGACAAAACCGGCUCUCUCAGUACCUAUCCAUGUUGUAGAACUUACAAAUGUUCCACCAGAGUUACGAAUGUCUGCAACAGUACCACAACAAUCUCAACAAAAUAAAAACUUGCCACAGGAAGAGAUGAAGAAAACAAAUUGGCAAUAUUCUGGCCAGUAUGAACCAAGUUGGGUUAAGUUUAAAUAUGGAGCUUGGUAUCUUGACCCAAAAUCAUGGCAAAAGCGUGAUGCUGAUGAACCAUUAAUGGAUCCCAAAGAACUGAAAGAUAAAGAAAUGUCUGAAGCUAAGAAAAUGAGUAAAGGUCUGAACAAUGAACUAGCUACAAUGCAUGGUGUGAGUUUGUUUAAAGAGUUUGUAGACAAGAAAAGUAGAAGAAAACCAGAGUUUUUGGACGAAGUAGAGGAAAUUAAGAAGCGUGCUGAAGAGGAGGAGCAAAGAAGGAUAGAGGCAGAGCUUGCAGCAAAGAAAAAACGAAGUCAUAUCAAAAAAUCUCAGGAUGGAGAUAAAACUCCUGCAUAAUCUGAACUUAAAUGUUUGUCAUUAUAUUUCAAUUAUAACAAUCUUUUAUAUAUGCAGUGAUUUUCCUACUUAUAUAACAGACUACGAAAAAAGGCCUCUUCCCAAUUGAAAUUUUCUUUAAAAUCAUGCAGUUUUCCCAAAAAUCUGAACUUAAACCAGCUUUUUUACUUCCCAAAUCAGCAAUUUUAGCGAUAAUUUUUCCCAAAAUCAAGAGGCUCAGGCCUCUUCCCAAUUAAGUGAGAAAAAUCACUGAUAUGAUUCACUUGUGAUAUUUACUUUAAUGGAUAUUCCAAGACAAAUGUACUUGUAAUCCUCAGACUGAGGUAUAAAACAGUUGUAAGCUUAUUUUAUUCUUUCAGGUUGUCCAUACUUUUUAUAUAUAUAUAAAUUUCACAAUGUUUUCACAAUUUAUUUUCUUUGUGUAAACUUGAAUUUAAGUUCAUAAAGAACAAAGCAUAUCAGUUAACAUUCUACAUAGAGCAGUUUUGUAAAAGAAAAGAAGAGAAUAAUACAUGACAGAAUCCUG